CUAAGACAUCUGCCUAUGCAAACAUCUCAAAGGAAGAAAACCAACGAAAACGAUGAAUUCUGUUCUCUACGUUCACUCUACUUCCAAUUCCCAGCUCGGAAGCAGCUCAGAUCCAUCCCCAACACCGCUAUUUUCAUCCCCGCCGUUUAUUUUCCGUUACCUUUUCCGCGGGGAAUCAACCGCCACCGUAAACUCUCUCAUCGUCUCGUUUUCGCCGUUUCCUCUACUUCCACUAGAGAAGAAGAAACGAAGAAGAAGUUGAAAGUGAAAUCAAAGUCUGGACGUGGCAAAGUAGGGAUUAACGUUUGUUUAGAUCACCAAGUUAAAUUUGGAGAGCAUGUAGUGAUUUUGGGGUCCACAAAAGAAUUGGGAUACUGGAAGAAGCAGGUGCCUAUGAACUGGUCUGAGGGUGGAUGGAUAUGCGAUUUGGAGUUGGAAGGGGGUCAGUCUGUUGAGUUCAAAUUUGUGGUUGUUGGUAAGGACAAGAAGGUUGUGUGGGAAGAUGGAAAUAACCGUUUUCUAAAACUGCCUCAGGGAGGGAGUUUUGGGAUGGUAUGUCACUGGAAUUCGACAGAGGAGACACUGGAACUAUUGCCUUUAACUUCAGAAGAUUAUGGAGUCGAGAUGGUGGAUAAUGAUGGUCUUAGUGAAUCUACUACUGAUGCCUUGGAAGUCGAAACAAGUCCUUUUGUUGGACAAUGGCAAGGGAGGGAUGCUUCCUUCAUGCGAUCAAAUGAACAUCACAACAGAGAAUUGGAGAGAAGAUGGGAUACAACUGGUCUAGAAGGGUUGGCUUUGAAAUUGGUUGAAGGUGAUAAAAAUGCAAGGAAUUGGUGGAGAAAGCUUGAAGUGGUUCGUGAGCUAUUAGUUGGAAGUUUGCAGAAUGGGGAACGGUUGGAGGCUCUAAUAUGCUCUGCUAUUUAUCUGAAGUGGAUAAACAUGGGGCAGAUUCCUUGUUUUGAAGAUGGGGGUCAUCACCGACCAAACAGACACGCUGAGAUUUCCAGGCUUAUAUUUCGAGAAUUAGAACGAAUCUCUAGUAGGAAAGAUUCUUCACCUCAGGAACUGCUUGUUAUUCGCAAGAUCCAUCCUUGUUUGCCAUCUUUUAAAGCAGAAUUUACAUCAUCUGUCCCACUUACUCGGAUUAGAGAUAUUGCUCAUCGGAAUGAUAUUCCUCAUGAUCUCAAGCAAGAAAUUAAGCAUACAAUACAGAACAAGCUUCAUCGAAAUGCUGGCCCGGAAGACUUAGUUGCGACAGAAGCAAUGCUUGCAAGAAUCACCAAGGAUCCUGGACAUUAUAGUGAAGCAUUUGUGGGACAAUUCAAGAUAUUCCAUCAGGAACUCAAAGAUUUUUUCAAUGCUGGAAGCCUCACUGAACAACUUGAGUCAAUAAGAGAAUCAUUAGAUGAACGAGGCAAUUUAGCUCUUGUAAUGUUUCUGGAGUGCAAAAAGAGUUUGGAUGCUGCAGAAGGAUCAAGUAGCGUUUUAGAUUUAAUCAAGACAGUGUGGUCUUUGAGUUCUCUAAGAGGACUAAUUGUGAAGGGUCUUGAAAGUGGUCUAAGGAAUGAUGCUCCUGAUGCUGCAAUAGCAAUGCGUCAAAAGUGGCGACUAUGUGAGAUUGGCCUUGAGGACUAUUCCUUUGUCCUCUUAAGCAGGUUACUCAACAUGCUUGAAGCUAAGGGAGGAGCCAAUUGGUUUGCAGAUAAUAUAGAAGAAAAGAAUAUAAGCUCUUGGAAUGAUCCACUUGGUGUCUUAAUUGUUGGUGUUAAUCAGCUUAGUUUAUCCCGUUGGAAACCAGAAGAAUGUGCUGCUAUUGAAAAUGAGCUUACCGCCUGGCAAGAGAAAGGUCUCUUUGAGAAGGAAGGAAGCGAAGAUGGAAAAAGAAUCUGGGCAUUAAGACUCAAAGCUACACUUGACAGAACAAGGAGGCUUACGGAGGAAUAUUCUGAAGUCCUCCUGCAAUUAUUCCCUCAAAAAGUUCAGAUGCUUGGGAAAGCUCUUGGAAUUCCAGAGAACAGUGUAAGGACAUACGCUGAAGCUGAGAUUCGGGCCGGGGUGAUCUUUCAGGUUUCAAAACUUUGUUCGCUUCUUUUGAAAGCUGUUAGAACAGCACUUGGUUUUGAAGGGUGGGAUGUCCUUGUUCCAGGAGUGGUGUCUGGAACAUUGGUUCAGGUUGAGAACAUUGUACCGGGAUCACUGCCUUCAUCUUUAGAAGGACCUGUUAUCCUUGUGGUUAAUAAAGCUGAUGGAGAUGAGGAGGUGACAGCAGCUGGAUCUAAUAUCGCAGGAGUUGUACUUUUGCAGGAGCUGCCUCACUUAUCUCAUCUUGGUGUUAGGGCCCGACAAGAGAAGGUUGUUUUCGUUACAUGUGAAGAUGAAGAAAAAAUUUCCUAUAUACAAAAGCUCCAAGGAAAAUGUGUGAGACUGGAUGCAUCUUCAAGUGGCGUGAACAUAAAUCUGUGUCCAUUAGAUGACCAUGAUGCUGGUUUUGUUUCCAAAAAUCUUUCAACUAAUGGUUCAUCUGCUGUUAAAGUGCGUGAACCUCAUUAUUCAUCUGCAUUGCCCGUUAAAGCCCCUUACUCCAAUCAGGGUAAUUCUUCUGCAGGAAUUAUACUGCUUGCUGAUGCAAAUGCACAAACUUCAGGGGCAAAGGCAGCAGCCUGUGGUCGCUUAGCUUCCUUGGCAGCAGUUUCUGAUAAGGCAGUCUACAGUGACCUAGGGGUGCCUGCUUCAUUUCGUGUUCCUGCUGGAGUAGUUAUACCAUUUGGCUCCAUGGAAUGGGCUUUAGAACAAAAUAAAUCCAUGGAAGCAUUCUUGUCUCUUCGAGAAAAGAUUGAAACAGCAGGUUUGGAAGGUGGUGAGCUCGACAAAUUAUGCCACCAACUCCAGCAGCUGGUCUCUUCCCUACAGCCCCCACAAGACAUAAUUGAUAACAUACUUCGAGAGUUUCCAGGCAAUGCACGCCUAAUUGUUCGGUCAAGUGCAAAUGUUGAGGAUUUGGCAGGGAUGUCAGCUGCUGGACUUUAUGAAUCAAUCCCAAAUGUCAGUCCUUCAAAUCCAACUGUUUUUGCCAGUGCUGUUAGCCAAGUAUGGGCCUCACUCUAUACUCGAAGAGCGGUACUAAGUCGCCGAGCUGCUAGUGUGUCCCAGAAAGAUGCAACAAUGGCAAUCCUGGUUCAAGAAAUGCUUUCGCCUGAUUAUUCAUUUGUGCUUCAUACGCUCAGCCCAACGGAUUGUGACCAUAACCAUGUUGAGGCUGAGAUUGCACCAGGGCUUGGUGAAACCCUUGCAUCUGGAACUAGGGGCACACCCUGGCGUGUAUCUUCCGGGAAGUUUGAUGGGACCGUGAAAACACUGGCAUUUGCAAAUUUCAGCGAGGAGAUGGUGGUAUCAGGUGCAGGUCCUGCUGAUGGGGAAGUAAUCCAUUUGACAGUAGACUACAGUAAAAAACCGUUGACUGUUGAUCCGAUAUUCCGUCAACAGCUUAGCCAGCGUCUGUGCACAGUUGGAUUUUUCCUGGAGCGGAAGUUUGGGUGCCCACAGGAUGUGGAAGGAUGUGUUCUUGGGAAAGAUAUUUAUAUAGUCCAGACGCGGCCCCAACCCCUGUAACCCAUCAAGUAUGCAAUCUUUCAUCCACAGGAAACUAAGCAUUUCUUACAGUUUUUUCAAGUUUUGUAUGCCCUACAUAUCCAGUAUAGAUGCAAUUUAAGCUACCUAUAUUUGCAUAACUGGUAUAAAUUGUGGGAUUAACAGCUUUGGAUU